AUCCCCUCUCCUUAUUUAUCAAAUCUUGUUGCUGUUGGAGGCCCUCACUUUUUCUCAUCUCCUGCAUGUAGCACCAAAUAUUUUUGUUGAUUAGUUGGGGAGUGGGAAAAUUUUAAGGAAGACGCAGAAGCUGGCACAAUGGGUUCUGUUUGUGGUUGUUUAAGUGUUGAGAAUCUUGAAGAUUAUGUAAAUCCAAAUAGUUCUGUAUAUAGAAAUUGCAUGUGCUUCAGUUGCUUCAUACAUAACUUUUUGAAUGUGUAUAAUACAGUAUUUCGUAGGCGUGAAGUGCAUUCCAUUUCUUCAUCCGUCCAGGGGGCAGCAUCUAUGACUUCUACGGCAUCCCUGGAUAGUUCAUUAUCAGGGAUGUACCGUGCUCCUCCCCGGCCUUUGCCAUAUGACGCAGACUCUAGGUAUUUUCUCUCGCAACGUGAUGGACUAGUUUCAAGACGUGAGAAGGGUUCAAGUCAUUCAAAUGAGGAAUCACAACCUCUAAGAAGUGAUCUAGAUGUGGAUUCAGACUCAUUGAGUAUGGGAGACAAAUGGAAUGAAUGUGCCUGUGAAAAUGGAUCAAAGGAAUACCUUUCUAAGUCCUCACUAAGACUUUCAUCAGCAAAAUAUACACCUGGAGCUGCGGCGGUCUAUGCACCAUUAGAAGAUGAAGAUGUUUGUCCAACAUGUCUUGAAGAAUAUACCCAAGAGAAUCCAAAGAUAAUGACAAAAUGCUCUCACCAUUUUCAUCUUGGUUGCAUCUAUGAGUGGAUGGAGAGAAGUGAAAACUGUCCAGUGUGUGGGAAGGAGAUGGAAUUUGAUGAAACGCCAUAAUCCUUUUUCAAGAGGCUUGUGUUGCGGAUGAAGCCACCACCAGAUGCAAAAAGCAAAAGGAAGAAUUAAUACCAAGUGUAGACAUUGUGAAUACUACAGAUUAAGUUCUUGUAUAGUAAGCGUGUUACUUUCCUUAACCAUUGUUGUACGUUCUAUCUCCUGCUUCUCUAUCUUCAGCAUUUCCAUUUUUAAUAAUACCUUGGGAAAGGAAAAAAUGAGUUAAAUUGAAACAUGUUUACAGCCUUGUAAUAUUGAGAGUUGUAUUUCUUCCUUUGGUUCGGUGCUUCUUUCAGUAGUGUUAAUAGAUCAUAUAUCUUCUUUUGUACAAGGAAUGAAGUCAAAAUAUUUAUGACUUGGGAAUAUUAAUAUUGAUAUUGACAUUGCUGAUUGA